AUGGGGAGUACGGUGAUUUUGAGCUCAGAUGAAGAAGAUUCAGAUAUUAGUGACUCUGAAAUGGAAGAGUAUGGUGACAAAAUCUACCUAAGCCUUAAAGGUGGUAAGAUCAAGGUCAAACUCUCUCCUCAAGCUUUUGUGUGCCCUUACUGUCCAAACAAGAAGAAACCGAGUUUUCAGUACAAAGAUCUUCUUCAACAUGCUUCUGGAGUUGGUAAUAGCAAUUCUGAGAAAAGAAGUGCAAAGGAGAAAGCAAGUCACCUUGCUCUUGUCAAAUACCUCCAACAGGAUCUUGCUGAUUCAGCUUCAGAUGCAGAGCCCUCCGCAAAACGCAAGAAAACCGGAAAUCCUAUUCAAGAUUGCGACCACGACGAGAAGCUCGUGUGUCCUUGGAAAGGUAUUGUGGUUAAUAUUCCAACUACAAAGGCACAAGAUGGUCGGUCUGCGGGUGAGAGUGGAUCGAAGCUUAGGGAUGAGUACAUUCAAAGAGGAUUCAAUCCGACUAGGGUUCGCCCUUUAUGGAAUUACUGGGGACAUUCAGGAACAGCAAUUGUGGAGUUUAACAAAGAUUGGAAUGGACUUCACAAUGCUCUUCUGUUCGACAAGGCUUAUCGAGUAGAUGGUCAUGGAAAAAAGGAUUGGCUGAAAAAAGAUGGUCCCAAAUCGGGGCUUUACGCGUGGCUUGCUCGUGCUGAUGAUUAUAACGGAACUAAUAUUAUUGGAGAAAACCUGAGGAAAACGGGUGAUCUCAAAACUAUAGCAGAGCUUACAGAAGAAGAGGCGAGGAAACAGCAAAUGCUUGUGCAGAAUCUGACACAGCUUGUAGAAGAGAAAAAGAAAGACAUGAAAGAGAUUGAGGAACUGUGUUCGGUGAAGUCAAAGGAACUUAAUCAGUUGAUGGAAGAAAAGGAAAAGAAUCUCCAAAAGCAUUAUCAAGAGCUGAAUGCUAUACAAGAGAGAACAAUGGUUCACAUUCAAAAGAUCGUUAAUGAUCACGAAAAAUUAAAGAUGCAGUUGGAGAACGAGAAGAAGAGACUCGAAGAAAAAGGUAUUAAGUUGGCAAAGCGCGAAGCGCAUAAUGAAACCGAGAGAAAGAAUUUGGCUGAAGAGAUACAACAGAAUGCAUCUGAGAAUACUUCUCUUGAACUAGCCUUCAUAGAACAACAAAAGGCGGACGAAGAAGUUAAAAAAUUGGCGGAAGUUCAGAGGAGGAAAAAAGAGGAGCUUCAUGAGAAAAUCAUAAGACUAGAAAGACAUAGAGAUCAGAAACAAGAGAUCGAGCUACAGAUCGAGCAGCUGAAAGGAAAGCUAAAUGUGAAGAAGCUCUUGGGAUCAGACGGCAAUGCUGACAUCCUGAAAGACGUGGAUGAUAUUUAUAAAACUUUAACUGAGAAGGAAGAAGAACUCGCAGAACUUGACAAAUUUAACCAAACUCUUAUCCUUAGAGAGCGCAUGACCAACGAUGAGCUUCAAGAAGCUCGUAAAGAACUGGUAAACAUUAUGAAAGAAUGGAAAUCAAACAUCGGUGUGAAGAGAAUGGGAGAACUCGUGACGAAACCAUUCAUGGAUGCAAUGCAGCAGAAGUAUUGUCAGCAAGAUGUGGAGGACCGAGCAGUUGAGGUUCUCCAGCUCUGGGAAGACUAUCUCAAAGACCCUGAUUGGCAUCCAUACAAACGGAUCAAGCUUGAAAAUUCAGAAAGAGAAGUGGAAGUCAUAGACGAGAGAGACGAAAGGCUAAGGGAGCUUAAGGAAGAUCUGGGAGAUGGUCCUUACAAUGCGGUAACAAAAGCUUUGCUGGAGAUAAACGAGUAUAACCCAAGUGGAAGGUACAUUACAUCAGAGCUAUGGAAUAUAAAAGAAGAUAGGAAGGCUACACUUGAAGAAGGUGUCAUUAGUUUGCUUGAUCAAUGGGAAGAGACAAAACGCAAGCGCGGAAUGGCUUAA